AUGUCUGCUUUCUUACAGCCCAUUAUUAAGGGCAUGGAUAAGGUUACGGCCUUGAAUGCUAAGUAUCUGGCAUUGACCUUUGAGGAACAGAAAAAUAUGACCUUUGUGGAAAGACUGAGGUUCUACAAUUGGACGUUUGAAAUUUUUGCGCUUGCAAUGCUUGUAUUGGUAUUUGUAGCGUACAAAUACGGUGUGAUUGUCAAUGAAAACCGUGCCAAGAAGCUGUUUGGAUCUUUGAACAGUUUUUUGCAGGACGAUUUACAGUUUGCUCGUGUGGGAUUCUCUAAAGGCGAUGGUUCCAAAGUUCCUUACAUCGAGGAAGGUCAAAAGACGUGGUAUACUACCUUCGCCACUGGUCGUUCAGCGAUUGCAAGCCUGAGUGUGAGAGUUCAUAUGUUUUCUCGCAGUAAUCCAGUGGCUAUGUUGAUGGAGUCUCUUGUCAACUUAAUGUUCCCUUCUUCUAUGACUGUUAAGGACGUUUCCGAGUACUGUGAAGUCGUUAUCAAGCCAAAUGGUACUUUUGUAAGCAGUGAGACUGCCAAGCCUAACAAUGAUGCCAAGGAUGUUGUCAACAAGUUUAAGUUCAUCACUUCUAUUGUGAACAAAUCUUCAAUGAACGAACUACGUCGUGAGAACUAUUAUUUGUCAUUGACCCAUACAUCUGAAAGUGAUAAGCUGCCAGUUGAAUACGUCUUUAUGUCCGAGUUGAACCAGUUGAAUGGUUUUACUUUGCAUUAUGCUGACGCUGGUUUCAACGAGCUAUUGAAAAGGGCAGGGAACUUUUUGCAAUCAAUUUGCUUCACUGAUCUGCCUGCUAACAAGCCGCUUACUGAUAAACUUUGGGAUGCCACUCAAAAACCUCGUGCUGUUAUUCGUACCAAGAUUCCAGUUUCUGAACAGGAUUUAAGUCUUUUGAAAGAGCUCGUUAGUGCAGUGGUACAGAUCUUCGACAACGUUACUCGUGAAAUCGUCCAAAAAUCGCCUCAGGCUUUCAUCAACAGUGACAUCUUGAAGAAGUCAAACCAAUUGCGUACACAGGAAUUGGCAAGAAUCGUGAAGGCAAUGAAACAGGUCGAAAGAGAAAUGGCUCAGGAGAAAAAACAGGAAGCUGAGAAGGAGAAAAGACGUCAAUUGAAAGCUACAGGUGAGCAAGAAAAGUUCGACCAAAAGAUGAAGGAGAAGAGAGAGAGACGUUUGAGAAACAAACAAAAAGUUAGAAUGUGA